AAACAAGCGAAAACGUCAAAGAAGUUUGCACUGAGUUCAGCCGGCAUAGUUUGCAGGUCCACAAAUUUCGCUUUUUCCAACCAAAUAUCCACUUAAAAAUGUCGAAAAAGCUGCUAAUGUUGCUGCCGCAUGGCGCCGAAGAGAUGGAGUUUGUGAUUUGCGUUGAUGUGCUGAGACGAUGCGGCGUCACCGUAACUGUGGCCGGUCUGGGCGACACCACGGUCAAAUGCUCCCGGGAUGUCGUAAUCAACGCCGAUACCACGCUUGAGGAAGCGGUCAAGGAAGACUUUGAUGCGAUCGCUCUGCCGGGAGGCUUGGGUGGCUCCAAGGCCAUGUCCGAAUCUUCCAAACUGGGUGAGGUUCUGAAGUCAUUUGAAUCUAACGGAAAACUGAUUGCCGCUAUCUGCGCCGCUCCGACGGUUCUGCUGACUCAUUCUAUCGCUCUCGGCAAAUCGCUGACGUCGUAUCCUUCCUUCAAGGAUCAGCUCUCUGGCAAGUACAAAUACAUCGACGACAAGACGGUCGUGGUUGAUGGGAAUCUCGUGACCAGCCGCGGACCCGCUACCGCGUUCGACUUUGCUCUCAAGCUUGGCGAGAUUCUGGUUGGCUUGGAGAAAACCAAACAGGUCGCAUCCGGAAUGCUGUACAAUAUGUGAGAGCUGAAUCUAGUUACGUGGAAGUUUGAAUGCGCUAUGACCGCUGAUUAAAAUGAAGUUUGUGAUACUUGA